AUGACGAUGGUCGAUUCUUGCAGGUCGAGAUCACCAUUGAGGGGAACAGGUUACGUUUUGUUUCUCUGUACGCACCCAACAAGAACCCGGCGCGCAACACCUUUUUUUAAGAAUUUGCCAGAUUACAUUGACUUGGCUGUGCCUACUUUCUUUUGUGGGGACUUCAAUGCCGUCCUCAAUCCGGACAUAGACAGACGACACCAUCCGUCUUAUGCCGGUCCUUCACAAGGGGCAAUGGCUUGUGAAAGUGUUGCAGCCUUGCAAUCCUUGCUUUCUGCCACACAUACUUUUCCUGUGUGGCGUAUGCGUAACCCUACGGAGCGGAUCUUUUCGUGGGAUCAUGCUUUGGGUAAGUUUUCUUCCCGAAUUGACAUGAUCUGGGCACCUUUGGUUUUGGACCGCUCGAUCACGGAUUGUCAGUACCAUACCUCCUUUUUCUCUGAUCAUCGCUACAUGUUGCUCAAGUUCCAUUUGGGUGAUGUGUUUGCGUGUGGUCCGGGGGUAUGGAAGUUCAAUACAUCGCUGCUGGACAAUCGCGAGUAUUGUGCCUUGGUUCGCUCUUUUGGGGCUUUUUGGAAGGCUCAAGAGUCCUCUUCCGAUUUUUCUUCUUCCCUUGAUUGGUGGGAUCAGGGGAAAUUUUUCCUUCAAGAAAUUUCUCGUUGCUUUGGUCGUAGUCGUGCUCCAGAACAGUCCAAGGCCAAGCAUGACCUUUAACGACAGCUCAUGCGAUUACAGCGUCUGUUUGACGCCGGUGAUUCUUCGGCUUUUUCUCAACUUUGUGCAGUGCAGUAAGAGCUUCGUGCGAUCCAUCUUUGCGAAGCUAAGGCUUCUCAGGUACGUGCACGCUGUCGGUGGGCUGAAGAGGGCGAAACGUCAUCUUCCUUCUUCUUGAGCCUAGAGAAAAAGCACCGGGCCAAGCAGGCCAUUCCCAGUAUUUGUGACCCCGACACAGGGCUCAUACACAAUGACCCAUUUAAGAUCCUGGCGACAUGGCGUUCAUAUUACCAACGCUUGUUCACGGCUGAGGAGUGCGAUCGAUCCGAGCAGGACAUCAUGCUGGAUCGUUUAACUCGCCGUUUGAGCAAGUCGGAGGUCCAGUCCUGUGAAGGGGAAUUAUCGGAACAGGAAUGUUAUGCUGCUCUUCACGGUAUGUCCCAGGGUAAGAUGCCAGGGGUCCGAUGGAUUCCCUACGGAAUUCUUCCUUUGUUUUUGGGACCUUCUCGGUCCAGACCUUGUUCGUGUCCUGAACCUCGCUUACACACAAGGUCAAUUAUCAACUUCACAACGUCGAGGCAUCAUCAUUGUUUUGUAUAAGAAGGAUGAUCGCCUCGAAACUAAAAAUUAUCGCCCCAUUAGUCUGCUGAAUGUAGACUAUAAGAUUGCCACUCGGGUUAUCAUUGGUUCGAUAGUCGGUUACGACCAAACGUGUGGUAUUCCGGAUUGCACCAUCUCUGAAAAUCUGAUGUUGAUCCGCGACCUCAUUGAGUAUGCUGAUCGAGCAGACGUCCCUCUUGCCAUUCUCCCUUUAGACCAAAAGAAGGCUUUUGAUCGGGUGCAUUGGUCCUUUCUGCACCGCAUCCUCUUCACGUUUGGUUUUGCCGCUUCUUUUCGCCAAUGGAGUAAUUUAUUUUAUACAAAUAUCGAGUCUGCAGUCGUCAUUAAUGGCUGGACUUCUUUCUUUCAGCCUUCUCGCGGUGUUCGACAAGGUUGA